CCAGUUCUCGUGUUCCGUCGUGACGUCACGUUCCCCCACGCAGCGGUACUUCUGCACGACAUGAAAUAGAAACGGAAUGGAAUAAGUACGAAAACAGCCAUCUUCUCUUCACGCCGUUUGCGAAUAAUUCAAGGAGAGAUGGCGCCCAAGUAGGCAGCCAUCUGCAACUGCUCUUCAAGAACCUUGUUUUUUGUUUUGUUUUUGUCUUUUGUUUUGUCACAUGGUGUUUGUUGUUUCGUCAUGGGGACCUGAUGUGGACUGUUCAGCGGUUUUUGGCCAUGACCAUCGUCAAAGGAGAAGAAUCUUGGGAGAAUUGAGAGGAAUUUCGGCGGCAUUUGACUGUUGUAGCUGGACAUCCCUGGGGCGCUUGUGUCUUGCGCCUGAAUUACGCAGCAUUUUCACAGCCCCGUGCUGUGGUCGGUGCUGAUGGACAGUCUGAGGCUGGAUGGAUGCAUGGAUUGAGGAGCCGACGAUGAGAAGAAAGGAGCGUCAGCGCAGAGCGCCGAUGCGUAUGUGGAACUGGGAGUCGCGGCUUGGAAUUGAAGCGGAUUUACAUGGGACAGGAGAUGAGAGACGAUCUUUCUUUUUUGUUAAUGAACGCUACAGCUUCUUGUUGCUAUCAAGUUUAGCUUGUAGCAGACGUGUGCACAUUGCAGCAUGACGUCUGUGAUCCACUGGUGAAUAGGACACUUUGAUUCGUUCCUCUUUCAUCUAUAAGUGCUUCAGACAACAAAGUGUACGCAGGAAAGUGGUUAAGAUUUUACAAUUGUCUGUUUCAUGUGUUGUCUUGUAUUAUUUUGUCACUUUUUUUGGUUAACUUUUCUUUUGAUUGCGGCGCGGACACCCGCAGCAGCUCCUCUUGUUUCUUGUUUUAUGUUGAGAGGGAAGAAAUUUCAUCUGUGCUGUAUAUACAUCACAUUUGACAAUAAAGUUGUAUCCAAUCCAAUCUGUGCUUGGUGGUUGCGCCUUCUCGGCAGCACGCCUGUACCAGCACUGAUUUUGAUUGGGAGGAAUGUCGGCGCCAUUUGACUGUCAGUGCUGGACAGGCUGUCGACUGACUGUCUGUCGUUCCUUGCUGCUUACUGCCAUCACACCAACUUAUUUCUCCACGGGGUGUUGCAUGCGACUUCUGUAGUAUGUGUGUAAAAAUUAAUGGUUGCAGCCCUCAAUCCAGUCAAUGAAAGGUCAACCUCAUGCUCGAUCACGCAAUACAGGUGUUGUACGAUUAAUGCGAUGCCUCCUCUGACCAGUUAUUGUCAUCCUAACUUAGUUUCUGUUGACCAUAGACAGCUUGAUGAUGCCUCAUGAAGAUGCCUGCUGCACGGCAUCCGGGGACAGGACCAAGAAUGAGCAUUAUGAGCCGCUCAUCCUGGAGAGAGUGCCAGAAGAAGCGGGACAAAGCUGCCAGGUGGUGUUGUCACGCUACUUCAGGGAAAACUGCUCCUGCUCGCCGCAAAAGAUCAAGUCCAAAAUCCUGGGCUUCGUCCCCAUCCUGAGAUGGCUGCCGCACUACCAGCUCCGAGACUGGCUACUUGGAGAUGUCAUGUCAGGACUCAUCGUUGGAAUCCUAUUGGUUCCCCAGUCUAUUGCUUACUCCUUAUUGGCCGGCCAGGAUCCCAUCUAUGGGCUCUACACCUCCUUCUUCUCCUCCAUCAUCUACACGCUGCUAGGCACCUCCAAACACAUCUCUGUGGGCAUUUUCGGUGUGCUGUGCCUGCUCGUGGGUCAGGUAGUGGACCGAGAGUUGGCGGUGGCGGGAUACCUUGUGGACGGCGGCGUUGGCGGCAAUGGCAGUGCCAACGUGAUGGGCAGUAAUAAUAGCAUGGUGGUGGCAUGUGACAGGAGCUGCUAUGCGAUAACCGUGGGAGCAACUGUCACUUUCAUCGCGGGGGUCUACCAAGUGCUGAUGGCUAUCUUCCAAGUAGGCUUUGUGUCCGUCUACCUGUCUAACUCGCUGCUCAGCGGCUUUGCUACGGGAGCCUCGCUCACCAUCCUCACCUCCCAAGUCAAGUACAUGCUGGGUCUGAAGAUCACCCGGCCGCAGGGCUGGUUCACGUUCUUCAAGACCUGGUUCGGUGUGCUGUCCAACCUGGGAAAGAGCAACCUGUGCGACCUGAUCACCAGUCUGGUGUGCCUGCUGCUGCUGCUGCCCACCAAGGAGCUUAACGAUCACUACAAAGCCAAGCUGAAGGCUCCGAUUCCCUUUGAGCUGUUUGUCGUCAUCAUUGCAACGCUGGCGUCUCAUUUCGGCCGCUUCAACGGAGACUACGGCUCAGACGUAGCGGGCGAAAUCCCAACGGGCUUCCUGCCGCCACAGCUGCCGGCGUGGUCACUCAUCCCCAGCGUGGCGAUGGACGCCUUCUCUAUUGCACUAGUGGGCUUCGCUAUCACCGUGUCGCUAUCGGAGAUGUUUGCCAAAAAGCACGGCUACCGUGUAGAUGCCAACCAGGAGAUGUACGCCAUCGGCUUCUGCAACAUCCUGCCGUCCUUCUUCCGUUGCUUCACCACCAGCGCUGCGCUGACAAAGACACUGGUCAAGGAGUCGACGGGCUGCCAGACGCAGGUAUCAGGUCUGGUGAGCGCCGUGGUGCUGCUGCUGGUGCUGCUGCUCAUCGCUCCGCUCUUUUAUUCCCUUCAGAAGUGCGUGUUGGCUGUCAUCAUCGUGGUCAACCUUCGUGGCGCCCUGCGCAAGUUUGCAGACGUCCCCAGCAUGUGGCGCACUAACCGCAUCGACGCCGCCGUCUGGCUUAUCACCAUGGCUACCUCGGCGCUGAUCAACACGGAGCUGGGCCUCCUGGUGGGCAUCCUGGUGUCCGCCUUUUGUGUCCUGGGCCGGACGCAGCGGGCUCAGGCGCAGGAGCUGGGCCGGACCGCCGUCAGGGACCACUAUGAGGUGCUGUCAGCGUACGCCGGCCUCCGCGCUCACCCGGGCGUGGCCGUCGUCAGGUAUCCGGCACCCAUCUACUAUGCCAAUCAGAGUUUGUUCAAGAAGUCUUUGUACCGAUGUGCGGGACUCGACCCGGUAAAGGAGAAGUCACGGCGCAUCAAGUUUGAGAAGAAGCUCAAACGGCAGAACACCGAGCCAGAACUCCCUUGCAAAGAGGACGGCGAGGGCACCGCCGGCAUCAUGUUGUCGCUGGACCAGAAACCUUUACGCAGCUUAGUACUGGACUGCAGCGCUGUCUUCUUCCUGGACAGCGCUGGCGUCAACGCCCUGAAGGAAGUGCACAGUGAUUACGCUGAGCUGGGGGUAGCGGUGGUCCUGGCUCGGUGCAACACGGCCGUGCUGGACGCCCUCCGUCGAGGCGGGUACCUCUCGGAAAAAAAGGGAGAAGAUGACCGCAUGACCUUCUUCACCAUUGCAGACGCCGUCCAUCACCUGCAGCGUGCGUUCGUGCCAAACGGCACAUGUUGAGAUUUACUGAGCCGAUAGCUUUAUGAAAACAAGUUGUGCCUUGUUAUGAUGAUGAUGGUUACUGAUUGUGCCUUCUCGGGCUGGAUUUACUCUGCAGGUCUGUGACUGUAAUGCAAUCGUUUCUGCCAGCUAGUCCGAACUGCCAUCUUGCAUGAUAAAAACAAACACACAUAUCUCAAGUAAUCAAAAUAUCAUAUUGAUGAAAAUAUCCCCCAGGGAUAUCUGAUUUCAUGUUUUGUUUUGUAUUGACUCUGUCAUGAAGUGUUUCCAAAUUGCAUGAAUCUUGUGGUGUAUAUUCAAUUGGCGGUUACAGGGUUAAAAAGUGGAAACUACUUAGUUGACUAGGUAAGGGCCGGUUACUGGUUGCACGGAAUGCCAUGGUUUUAAAAAAGCUUUCCAUCAUAUGUUGUUGGUGCAAGAUGUGUGUUUACAAAUGGACCUAUGGAAUGUGUUCAAUGGGAAAAAGUCACCUAUCCAAACACUUUAAAGUCAUACACUAUGCGUUUGAAGAGCAAUAAUUACAAUACCUUGAAACUUAUAUUUUUGCUCAUGGUUAUCAUAUGGUCAGAAUCUGAUACUUGCUUGUGCUUACUAUGGGCACGUUUUGCUUUUUCUGGAGACCUACUGUACAUAAUUGCUCGUAAGCUCCAGUCUACAAGGGAGAUAACUUUUUCUGGAAGUUUAUGUUGUUGUUACUGAAAUGACACUGUGGUGCAUUGCCAAUGAAUUUAUUUCAAAGCCAGCGUAGCACAAGAGACAAGUUACUGACAUCCAAAUGACUUGCACACAGAAGUAGCAAGUGUAAUUAAUUGUUAUUCCAUGUUGACAAAGUCAUUAGCAGGCGUUCCUUCAUCUGUUAAGCAGCCAAUGUUGUAUUUCUCCAUCUGUGUGUUUGUCAAGGGUGAUGCGCUUGCCAAACAACCACAGUGCUGAGCAAAGUUCACCCCCCUCCUCCAAAAAAGGACAGUUUUUUCCCCUAUAUAUUUAUUUCAAAACCAAAGUCCGAAAUGUAUAGCCGAAAGCUUAAUAUACUGUCAAAAUGAAAACUUGUUCUCAGGUAAAGCUACUAGUAUCUAUGCAGUACUGUAGUAUGUGGUUUUAUGUUUUCUUUUUUUAAACAUACAUGAUCCAAACCGUUUGGAUCAUGUCACUGUUAUUCAGUCACUGUUGGGAAAGUCUGUCUUGUGCAGGGGCAAGAGCCUUAUUGAUUGUUUAUUUUUAUUUUUUUUCACAAUCCAAACUGCUUAACGCAGCUGAUAUAAAAGGUAAAGAGAGUCCAUUUACCUCUGUGUCAACAAUUAGAAAGAUUGUUAUUGAUUUUAGCAUUACUGAGCUAAGUUGGUCGGAGGUAGCAAUGUCAAAAACAGUAAAACCGUCCACUUCCAACGGUCAAGAUUACACUGGCAAACACCGUUCUUGUUGAGUUAGGUGUAACAGCCGUUUUUAACUUUUUUGGGUGCGGAAUCCAAAACUGAUUUCAGUUUUUUUCUCUGUCACGUCCAGUUUUUUCGCUGUAAGAACCCCAUUUUGAAAAAUAUUAAAUAGAUGUGUGUGUACGUAAAUAAAACACAGAGCUGGAAUAGUUACAAACCUUGAAAACUAACAAACAACAUGAAAUUAAAUAGAAUUGACAAUGUUAUGCCCUUGGUUACAACGUUAUGCGAAAAGCUAGCACUAUUCCUCUAUGCAAGCUUUGUUUGAGGAUAUCGGGAGUGCACACACCUCUCACUGCACUACCUCAAUUGUGACUGCACAAACAAAUUGCUGCAAAGCUGUAGCUGACUCCCAUCGUCAUAAGCAGACAAGUCUUGGUACAGCUAAUCAGUGGAAUUUUGCUUAUCUGGUCAACUGUGCAGAAAAAAACAAUUUGAAAUGCUAGAAAAAAAAAAUUGGAAUGAGCAUGCCACAGCAUAAAAGUCUAACUCAACAGAAUUUAUUUUUCAAAUUGUUCCUGUGUGUUAUGAUCUUGUUGGAGCAUGUCCUAAUUGGAUUUGAACUAUGCUUGAUCAGUGGUGUGAAAAAAUGUUUCUUCUGUCCACUCCCAGCUACAAUUAUGCUGGAGUCCUUUUGAUUUAGAUUUUGUAUGACGUCCAAUUCACGAUGCUGGAGGCUAUGAAUUGAUCUUGUCAUUAUUUUGUUCAGAACUACUCACACUCAUGUUCACGACCUUGAACAUAUGUUCUUUGCACGUUUUCACAUGCACUUGAUGGGCGUUCACCGACUGACACAGGUGAUUCCGACCUCGUAACAAUCAGGUUUUUUCAAAGCCAAAAUCUUUUGACGUGUCCAAAAAUGAAAAGUGUUUAAAAAUGGAUUCACCAAGACAGUAGUAACAAGUGCCUUUGAUGUCAUUGAAAUAAUGUAUCAUCAUAUUUGCUUUAUGCCUUAAUAAAAUGCACAUGCUAUCGUU